CGUUGAAACUUCGAAGGUUUCGCUUAUUGCUUUUGCAAUUUGCGUCUAUUUGUAUUCCCUUUUGGUUCUGACCUUAUCUAAAUUUUCUUGUGAUAAAAUUUUAAGUGAAAGCGUCCUCAAAAUUAAUAAAAAGUCGGUUGAGAUUAUUAUGAACUCUGAUGAGGAGAUUCCUUCAGACGAAAUUGACUCUGGUAAUGAAUCCAGUGGUGAUGAUGUUGAGUUCCCAAUGGAUGUUGAAAGUAAUACAUCAAGGGAGAAGCAGAACGAAGCAGAAGAUUACCCCUUUGAAGUUCUGUCUACAGAACAAAUCGUCCAGCACAUGGUAGAUUCGAUCAAAGAAGUGAAUUCCGUUAUACAAGUGCCUCAUACUACGAUUAGAAUUCUAUUAAAUCACUUCAAAUGGGAUAAAGAAAAAUUAAUGGAAAGAUUCUACGAUGGCGAUCCUGAGCAAUUAUACACUGAAGCUAGAGUCAUUAAUCCUUUUCGAAAACCGGUCAAUGUACCGAAAAAACCUUCUCGAAGAUCCACUGGUACUGAAGAAUGCGAAAUCUGCUACAUGACUCUGCCGACCUCAAUGAUGACAGGACUGGAAUGUAACCAUAGGUUCUGUACUCAAUGUUGGACCGAAUAUCUAACUACUAAAAUUAUGGAAGAAGGAUUAGGUCAAACCAUUUCAUGCGCCGCACAUGGGUGCGAUAUCCUGGUCGAUGAUGCUACCGUUAUGCGUUUGGUUAAAGACUCAAAAGUUAGAUUAAAAUAUCAACAAAUUAUUACGAAUAGUUUUGUGCAAUGUAAUCGAUUAUUAAGGUGGUGUCCAUCGCCAGAUUGCAAUAAUGUGAUUAAAGUUCAAAGUGUUGAGCCUCGCCCUGUAACCUGCAAGUGUUUACACACGUUUUGCUUUUUAUGUGGUGAAAAUUGGCAUGAUCCCGUGAAAUGUCACUUGUUGAAGAAAUGGAUCAAGAAAUGUGAUGAUGAUUCGGAAACAUCGAACUGGAUCGCAGCUAAUACGAAGGAAUGUCCAAAAUGUAACGUAACGAUAGAAAAAGACGGCGGUUGUAACCACAUGAUAUGCAAAAAUCAGAAUUGCAAAGCUGAUUUCUGUUGGGUUUGUUUAGGACCGUGGGAACCCCAUGGAUCGUCGUGGUAUAACUGCAAUCGCUACGAUGAACAAGAAGCCAAAGCUGCUCGCGAUGCUCAAGAAAGAUCGAGGUCAGCUUUGCAAAGAUAUCUAUUCUACUGUAAUCGUUAUAUGAAUCAUAUGCAGUCAUUGAAAUUCGAACACAAAUUAUACGCUUCGGUCAAAGGUAAAAUGGAAGAAAUGCAACAUCAUAAUAUGUCUUGGAUUGAAGUUCAAUUUUUGAAAAAAGCCGUAGAUAUUUUAUGUCAAUGCAGACAAACGUUGAUGUAUACGUACGUGUUCGCAUUCUAUCUUAAAAAGAAUAAUCAGUCCGUUAUAUUCGAAGACAAUCAAAAAGAUUUAGAAAGCGCCACUGAAACCUUAUCUGAAUAUUUGGAACGUGAUAUCACAUCAGAAAAUUUAGCUGAUAUUAAACAGAAAGUGCAAGAUAAAUAUAGAUAUUGUGAUAGCCGAAGAAAAGUAUUGUUAGAACACGUACACGAAGGCUACGAAAAAGAUUGGUGGGUUUACACAGAAUAACAUGCUGUGAUCUUUACACGUUACUGACGAAAAAAUAGUUAAUCACCUUUUGUUUUACUUGUAAAAAAAGAGGAAAUGUUACCUUUGUAGGUUUUUUUCUUUUUUUUGAAUUCAUCUUGUAAAUAUUUACUUUUUAUUAAUAUUUAACGAUGUUUUUCUCUUCUGCGUUACUUUUGUAAUCAGCGUCAAAAACACUGGGUCAUUUGCUAGCCACAUUUUUCUUGAAACCUUUACCAAACCAUCGUAGAUUGUUUGUCAUACCUCUUUGUAACAUAUUCACUUGUUCUCAUGUUUCUUCUCUCUUACGUUAAUGUAUGUAUUGUAUUUUUCCAUUUCAAUUUACAAUGAGCGCUUUUGUAGCGAAAUUGUAUUACGACUUCGAUGCUUGAUUUAUCAAAUUAUCGCGUACGUAGCAAACGCUUUAUCCUACCGCUGUUUUCCCCUUCGAAAAAAUGAAGAGAAGUUACGUGUUUUUGUAUGGAUCUAUUUUUUAUAUAUCUCGAUUUUUUGUACAAAUUUCUGGCGAUUACCCAAUGCCAUCUCGCUAGCGCUGAAUAAUCGCUCAGGAAGCACUGUUAGUGUAAAAGUUUAGCGCAAAAAGGAACUAGCGCCAUUCGUGAAUGUAAAAAUCAAUGAAAAUUUGAAUUUUACCUGUCGUAAAUUUCAUAACAGAUUAAUACAAAAAUAUAUAUUACAUAUAUAUUUUUCGAAGCGCGAAUUUUAAGAAAUGAAGAAAUUUAAUUUUUAUUGAUAUUUUAUACACAUUAUAUUCUUUUAAAUAAAUUCGUAAAUUGUUUA